UUCGACGUCGUACGAGCAUAUACCGCCUAGCCAGCAAAUUUUAUAUACCUACCCAAGCUCCUCUUGAUUUGAUUUUUUCUUCCUUUUUAUAUACCUUUAGUCCUAGACACAGCCCUCUAAGACAUCAAACGCCAUGGCCGCUCCGGCAUCCAAGACAAUUGGCGAUCUAAACGGGAAGUGGGUUUUGAACAAAACCCUCUCCGACCCCGUCGACCCAGCCCUCUCCCUCCAAGGCGUAUCCUGGCUCGUGCGCAAAGCCAUCGGCGCCGCGACCGUCACCCUCGACACGAAGCAGUACCAAGGCCCGGCCACGCCCCCCAACACCAGCACCACCGAGCUCGUCACGCGCAUCGACAUCCAGCAGAUCGCGACCGCGGGCGUCAAGGGCACCGCCGAGAACCGGUGUCUGGACUACUUGUUCCGCGAGCACAGCGACUGGCUGUUCGGGCGCGUGCGCGGGCGCAGCCGGUGGAUCGGCGCGGAGGAGCUCGCCGCGCACGUGGGGCCGGAGGGGGAGGCGCGUAGGACCGGGGUCGUCGAGGACGAUUUCGCGGCGAGGGAUUGGCUCGAGGAGGGGGAGGGGGAGAAGGGCGGGCCGAAGGGCGAGACGCACGUCUUGAAUCACGUCGAGAGUCUGGAUGCGGGGUGGACGGCGCUGCAGGUCUGGGGGUUCCAGAACGUGGGUGGGGAGAGGAGGUAUGUGCGGAAUGUGGUCGUGGCUAAGGACGGCACGUUUGUCAACUUUAAGAUGGUGUAUGACUGGGUCCCUGAGUAAAUAAGUGCCUUGUCAUCCAAUCCUUGAGAGCGAGUUUUCUCUGGUGUUGAAGCAACUCCCCAUCUAGCUAGCUAGCCGUGAGCUGGGGGAGUUGCUCGAACGAGCGAUAUUUAAGGGGAUAAAUACGAAUUGUCUAUAUUACGGCGUAAUCAUCCAAUGCUGGUUCGCAAUCUGAAGCACAUUACAUACAUACAAUUUGCGACUUCGUCUCUGCUCGAGCGUAGCCUCCAUGUCUUGUUGAACGGGGGGCCCUUAUAGCAUAAACCAGCCCGAGGUGUUGAAUCCCUCCAUGCAAGGAAUGCUCCGUAACAAUCUCGAGCCCGGUGUGAUAAAGCACCUUCUUCCUGUAGCGCCUUUCCCUUAAUUGCCCGAUCUUGACCCGUUAUUUACCAUGCCCUCCUGAUAUCAAACCCCGUCUGGAUCAUACCGAUUAACUCCUAGGCGCUACAUCCACUCGCUCAUCUCAUCCAUCACGCCGGUCUCCGCUUAACGA